AUGAUUAUUUGGAAUGAUUUGCCAUUUGAAUUAAAACUCGAAGUUUUCCAAUAUUUGACCAGAAAAGAGCGGUAAUUUAUUUAUCUGAAAAUAUUUUUCAAAAUCAUUUUUUCAGUCUAAAAUUCGGGCAAUGCUCAUUUUCCUGUUUGAAACAAGUUUUGCAAGAAGAAAAAGAAAUUGAAUCUUUGACAAUCGAAAAAAUUACUCGAGGAAAAAAAGAACACAAUUUUCAAGUUGACAAUUGA